UUGUAUUUUACGUGUGUGCUCUCCUCCUCCCAUCCGCGGUCAGUAGAAGCUUGGUAACUUUUACAGCGAGAAAUCUCGUGCUGAAACUAACAGGGAUGCCAAAGGAAAAAUAUGAUCCUCCAGAUCCUCGCAGAAUUUACACCAUCAUGUCAGCCGAAGAGGUAGCCAACGGGAAGAAGUCUCACUGGGCCGAAUUAGAGAUCUCGGGUAGAGUGCGUAGCUUAAGUACGUCACUUUGGUCCCUGACGCACUUGACGGCUCUACACCUCAAUGACAAUAAUCUUACUCGCAUUCCACCUGAUAUUGCCAAGCUUCAUAAUCUGGUUUACCUGGAUCUGUCAUCCAACAAACUCAGAAGUUUACCAGCAGAACUAGGAAACAUGGUAUCUCUCAGGGAAUUGCUUUUAAAUAACAAUCUGUUACGGGUUUUGCCUUAUGAACUUGGACGGCUCUUCCAGCUACAAACCCUAGGUUUGAAAGGCAAUCCUUUAUCACAAGAUAUUCUCAGCCUCUACCAAGAUCCAGAUGGAACUCGAAAGCUACUGAACUACAUGCUUGACAAUCUAGCAGUUCAUCCAGAGCAGCUGCCUCCGAGGCCAUGGAUUACUUUAAAAGAACGAGACCAAAUUCUGCCCUCAGCUUCAUUCACAGUUAUGUGUUACAAUGUGUUGUGUGAUAAAUACGCCACCCGGCAGCUCUAUGGCUACUGCCCGUCUUGGGCACUGAACUGGGAGUACAGAAAGAAGGGAAUCAUGGAAGAAAUAGUCAACUGUGAUGCAGAUAUCAUUAGUCUUCAGGAAGUGGAAACAGAGCAAUACUUCACCCUUUUUCUGCCAGCCUUGAAAGAACGAGGAUACGACGGAUUCUUUUCUCCAAAGUCACGUGCCAAAAUCAUGUCCGAGCAGGAGAAAAAGCAUGUGGAUGGCUGUGCAAUAUUCUUCAAAACAGAAAAAUUUACCCUGGUGCAGAAGCACACGGUGGAGUUCAAUCAGGUGGCAAUGGCGAACUCGGAAGGUUCGGAAGCUAUGUUAAACAGAGUGAUGACGAAGGACAACAUUGGAGUUGCUGUGGUGUUAGAGGUGCACAAAGAAUUGUUUGGAGCAAGUAUGAAAUCACUUCAUGUGGACAAACAGCUGCUCAUAGUGGCCAAUGCCCACAUGCACUGGGACCCUGAAUACUCAGAUGUGAAACUCAUUCAGACUAUGAUGUUUGUCUCAGAACUGAAAAAUAUCCUUGAGAAAGCCUCAAGCAGGCCUGGUAGCCCAACAGCAGAUCCUAAUUCUAUCCCUCUGGUGCUGUGUGCAGAUCUUAACUCACUGCCUGAUUCAGGUGUGGUGGAAUAUCUAAGCAAUGGCAUAGUAGCUGACAACCACAAGGACUUCAAAGAGUUGCGUUACAACGAGUGUCUCAUGAACUUCAGCGGCAAUGGGAAAAACGGGGCUUCUGAAGGAAGAAUUACGCAUGGCUUCCAACUCAAGAGCGCCUAUGAAAACAACUUGAUGCCUUACACCAAUUACACUUUUGAUUUCAAAGGUGUGAUUGACUACAUUUUCUAUUCCAACACUCACAUGAACGUGCUUGGUGUCCUGGGGCCUUUGGACCCUCAGUGGCUGGUUGAGAACAACAUCACUGGGUGUCCACACCCUCACAUCCCUUCAGACCACUUCUCACUGUUAACACAACUCGAACUCCAUCCUCCGCUCCUGCCUCUUGUCAACGGCGUUCACUUGCCCAGCAGGAGGUAGUGGAGCCCUGCCCCGUUGCGGGCAAGGACCUGUUGUCAUGGACCUGUACAGUUGUAAAUCAAAGUAUAUAGGAGUGAAGUAUGGCCAACCUUAAGCUGCUUCUUCAAGCUCCUUUCCUUAUGUGUUUGAUAUGAGAUUUUGCACAUUUUUGGUGCAUAUUGGUAUCAUUUGGCACUAGGGCUGGAACCAAAGUAUUAUUCCCUUUCCAGGUUUUUAAUUUAAUUUUUUUUUUUUUAACUGGCAAGCUUUUUCUUUUCAGUAGGAAGCUGCACUUAUAAAUGGACAAAUGAGAUUAAAAACUUGCAUUUUAGCAUAUUUAAAGAGAAUGCUUUUUCCAGAAUAUGGCAAAAUGAGCCGUCCUUUUAGGAGAAAGAAAAACAAAAGUAGAAAUGAUUGUCUUGUAGGAAGUAUCUUAGAAAUGCUAUUUGUCCGAACCCAAAAUGGAGACUGAACUCUGCAUCCAAAAUAAAUUUUGCACAUUAGCAAAGCACUUAAUAUUUGACUAUAAAUUAUUAGCCGUGUGGCCCUGCCCGUUAUCUGACUAAUAUAAGAAAAACCAAAGAUGGCUUAAUAGCCGUAGGGACACUUGAGGUCUAAAUUCUCCUGACGGAAUUUCAUUUACGAUGAAGUUUGCGAUGACCUUACAGCACACAAGAAGUCGUAUUUGAGCAUUUAAUGCCCUCGAGAUUGCUUGCUCGGCAGCCAGGCAGGUAACUCUUUUUUUUUUUUUGGCGCUCUGAAGAACUUGGCCCUUUCUGGGUCAGCUCUUGGGUGAUCCAGACCAUCGCCGGUCCACAGAGCUGUCUGCCUGCUUCGGCAAACCGAGGUGGCACGCUGCUCAGCAGCGUCGUUUGGGAGCAGGACUUAGGAACGGCAAGAAAUCGCACUUAAAUAGUGGCAAGCGUUUGGGUUCGGGGCGAAUAAAGAAGUUCCAGCUCCGUUCCAGCUUCCCUUGUCCGAAGCUCAGUUGCAAAGGUGAGAAAUUUUGGAUUACCUGGUUACGCCAAGGGUACAGGAAAAAGCCGCUGGAUAUGGUCUUACUUCUGUCUCCGAAGCGCGUGGGGAGUAGCUGUCUGAACGCUUUUUUCGUUGGGGGAGAGAGUGGUAGCCAUAAUCAUUCCUUGGAUUAUUUUUCCUGACCCUAGUUGCCAAAUAGCCAUCGCAGGUUUUUAAUGCUCUUUCUUUCUGUUGUCGGUCAGGGUCGAAUUAAAAAGCUGCUGGUUCAUUCCCAACUGUUAAUGCUCUUUAGAUGUGUUGGAAAUCGUUUUUGGGGUUUUUUUCCUCCUUUUUUUUUUUUUUCCCUUUUUAUGCUCGAGGUGGCCAGUUCAAAACCUUGUGCCUCAAGAGGCAUUAAACAUAAUGCAAUUUUCUGAACAAUUGGUUGGCUGCUUGAUGUCAAAAAAAAAAAAAAAAGGCACAGUAAUAGGAAAAGGUUGUGUCUGUGUUUUUAAGUUUUUCUUUAUUCUGCUUUUUUGCUGCUAUAAGAUUUUUCUUGAAUUUAUAUUUUAAAAACUUUUCAUGCACUUUACUGUUUCUAGUCUCAAAAUGUGAUAUUUUUAAUAAAUGAAAAAAUUUUCCAUUAUGUGAAUGAAAUUUUUAAACAGAUUGAUAGCCUAUAUUUAUGUCUCAUCCGUAUCCUUAAAAAGUCAAUUUGAAAUCGUGAAAUUACUUUGGAAAACCGAGGAGCCAUCUGCUGCCUUGCAAAGCCGACAGCUCCGGCUGUUCCUCCGCUCUUUAAUCAGACAUUUCCUUUGUCGUUUUAUCCAUAGGAAAUUACCCAUAGGAAAAACCAAUUGGAUCCAGGGUAGAAACAAAUUUCCCUGACUUUUUU